UUGCUCGCUGGCUAUGGAACAUAUGACGGGAACUUGACUCGCUCGAGCGUCGGCACACCGUUGUCCCGGCAACGCGCUAGUGUCGCAAACAAUAAAUUGGUAAAUGCGAAGCCAUUGAGUGCAGCGGGUGCCUGGUUACCAGCCGAAAGGCUAUUCCACCGACUCUCAAGUCGCAUGUGGAGAAUGCGUAUUGUGGUCCUGCUCCUUGGCUGCCAAAAAAAAAAAAGCCAGGUUCAACCCUGGCGACUUGAACAGGUGCAAGCGUUUGGCUCCUCGAAUGAUUCCACGUAGUCGUUGGGCUUCGUGCGUGGCUCCGGUCUCUCUCUCUCUCUCUCUCUCCCUCUCUCUCGCUCUCGCUUUGUCGCUCCCGAGGCGUGUUUGUUGACAACGGACUUGGGAGGGGCGCUUGGUCUACUUAGGGUUGCGGUUGUUGUGGAUAUCGGCAUAGUUGGUAGUUGUUCACGUUUGCUUCUAAAAUAAACUCCUGCUCGCAAUAGAUAUUGAGAUUAGCUCGCUUCGAUUUCAAUUUCGCAACAUAAAUAUCUACAAAUUUAUAACAAAAUAUAUUCACAAUAAAUAUUCAAACAUUCCCGUGACGGAUUCAAGUGCAUCUUAGUUGAACAAAUUCGAGUUGCUUGUGGAAAAUAUGUAAAAGACGCUCCCAUGCUGAUUGUAUAAUGAAUCGUUAUAUAACACUGACCCAACUGGGUGAUGGAACGUAUGGAACCGUUGUGCUUGGCCAGCGUAAGGACACUGGCGAGAAGGUGGCCAUAAAACGCAUGAAGCGCAAAUAUUAUUCCUGGGAGGAGGCUAUGAAUCUGCGUGAAGUGAAGUCUCUUAAGAAAUUAUCGCAUCCAAAUAUCGUAAAGCUGAAGGAAGUGAUCAGAGAAAACGAUACGUUAUAUUUUGUUUUUGAGUAUAUGAAGGAGAAUCUGUACCAAAUGAUCAAGGAUCGCGAUACGCAUUUACCUGAGCUGGAGCUCAAGAGCAUUCUGUUUCAGGUUUUAACUGGCUUGGCUUUCAUGCAUCGACAUGGGUUCUUUCAUCGCGAUCUGAAGCCUGAGAAUUUGUUGUGCUCCGGCCCGGAGUUGAUUAAAAUUGCGGACUUUGGACUGGCACGAGAGAUACGCUCCCGGCCGCCUUUCACGGACUAUGUGUCCACGCGCUGGUACCGGGCGCCGGAGGUGCUUCUGCACUCGACCAACUACGGCAGCUCCAUUGAUCUCUGGGCCAUGGGCUGUAUCAUGGCCGAGCUGUAUACGUUCCGGCCACUCUUCCCCGGCAGCAGCGAGGUGGAUCAGCUCUUCAAGAUUUGCUCUGUGCUGGGCACGCCCGGAAAGAGCGAUUGGCCCGAUGGCUAUCGACUGGCUGCCAUGAUACACUUUCGGUAUCCGGAUUGCAUCAAGGUGCCGCUGAGCAGCGUGGUCACGCGCUGCAGCCAAAACGGCUUGGAUUUGCUGGAGGAUCUGCUGGCCUACGAUCCUGAGAAACGGCCAACGGCCCAGCAGAGUCUCAAGUAUCCGUAUUUUCAUGCGCUCAAGCGCAUCUCGCCCGCGGCGGCUGCCAAGGCCAAUGUGCGGCUCAGCUCCAAGUAUGGUGCUGGGUCCGGACCCGUGCACCUUGUCCUACCUCCCACUGUGUCAAAUAAUGUGCUUCCGGUGCAGGAGAAACUGCAGGCCGUGACUGAGCUCAUACAUCAGAGCAACAUCAACAACAAUAACAACAACAAUAGCACCAAUAACAACAACAACAGCAACAGCGACAACAACAUCAAGAACAAUGGCAAAUCGCUGUACAAUGGCCAGGUCGGCAAGAAUGUGAGCAUACCCAUCAAAUACCAGCCCAAGAUAAGCUUCCUCUCCAACAACGAUCUCUCCACGGAUCCAUGCGCUCUCGGCAUGGACAUGGCCACGCAGCCGACGGGCAAAGAGUCGAUCAAUGAUAUUUAUCUGAAUCGCAACAUCUCUCAGCUGUUUGGCUUGCCAGCUCAUCAGCAGCCGCAGCAGCUGCCGCAGCACCAACAACAGCAACAACAGCCACACCCACAGCCCCAGCUGCCUCCCAAUGUCUCCUUCAGCAAUACGUCGACGCGCAACGAUGGGGCCAUCUACGUGAAUGGCAGUCAACUGAGCUACGAGACGGCCAAUAAGAAUGCCAAAAACAACACCCGCAUGGCGCCUGGCAUCGGGGGCUACUACGUGCAGACGCGGCCCACGCUGCUGCAGCCCGAGGCCAAGGUGUACAACAUGUUCUCGAAGGUGAGCGCCGUGCCAGCACCGCCGAAUCUUAUCGUGCGCCAGCACCAGCCGCCGCUGCCCUUCGAGCCGACGUCCCUGCUCAACGGAUCGGCCAUACGAUUGUCGGCGCGCUCUCAGGCAGCUCCAUCAGCGGAGCCAAGGAUAAAGGCUGAUGAUCUGGAUCUGAUAUUGGGCUCAAAACUGAAAACGUCAGCGAAACGGCAACGCAACGCCAAGUCGAACAUCCUGCUGGAGGAUCUGUUCGGCCAUCUGUCCAUGGACUCGGACAGCGACAGCAAGUACCCGCACACGGUGCCGCCCACGCAGCAAGCGAAGAGCGGCCAAACGACGACCAGCUCCCAGAACGGACGCGACUUCUUCAGCGAGAACUUCAAGCGCGAUCGCGUCACCAAGAGGCGCAGCCCCAACAGCCUGGAGGCGAACAAUGGCAGCCGCACAGAUUCGCUCUCCACGAAUCCUGAUACCCAAAACGACUCCUCAACUGAUGAAGGCUGUCGCUUUUGGCCCAUAAGAGCUCAGAAAACUUUAAAAGAAAAGGGGGCCAGCUUUCCCUGGGACGAGACGAACAAAACGGAGGAUGAGAAACUGACAGCUUGGAUGGUCGCCGAGAAUGGUUCGUUGCUGGAAAACAAGUUUUGAUAAGGAUGAACUGAUCGUGGCAUGAGAAUACGAGCACUCGUUUAUGUUGUCGUACCUGAAACCCUGAAACCUUCGCGUCAUAAAUACCCAAAAUCUAUUUCAGCGCGUCUCCUUCUAUGUUUUCAUCGAACUGAAUUCGUAUAACAACCAGAAGGACACUAAUCAUCAUGUAAAGUUAACGUAACGUCUAAACUAAAUUAUAUGUGUUUAUAAAAUCCAUUAUUUUUAAUGCUGUGAUAAUUAUAGAAAGACAUAAAUAUAUGUAACAAAUAACUAUAUCAUGUUAAUGGUUAAUUAUAAGUCAAUAAUAAAAUCUGU